CAGUAGUAGUUGGCGCUGGGGAGGAUGACGAGGAGCGGAGCCGCGGCAGGUUAAGGGAAGGAAGGAAGCAAGCAAGCAAGCGACGCAAGGGGAGGGGGAAACGGGGAAGGGAGGAAGGCGAGAGAGAGAGAGAGAGAGAGAGAGAGAGAACACGCGGCGGAUGGCGCUAGCGCGAUCAAUCCGCGAGGGCGUGGAGAAGAACAUGCAGAAGUUGAGGAUUAAGAAGAAGAGCGCGGGCGUGAGACAGAGGGAGAUCGGUGCUGAUUUCGGUGGAGGAGAAAGAAGAGGAGGGAGUAGCAGCAGCAGCAGCAUCAGCAUAAGUAGCAUAAGCAGCAGCAGCAGCGACAGCGGAGCCGUGGUUGCGUUGGGGUGCACGAGGAGAAGCAGAAGUCGCAAUAGCAGUAUCAGCAGCAGCAGCAUCAGCAGCGGUGGAGCACACGGCAAGAGCCCCAGCUCCAGCAGCGCCGGCAGCAGCAGCUUCGUAGACGCUGCGCCCCGUGCCAAGCGGUUAGUGUCACCGCAGGGUCGGAAGAAAGCCAUGGGCUGGAUGAGGAAAAUCGCAGGACCUUUUCGCCGAGCAUGGGACAUUGUCUCGUGCAGACACAUCCACCAGUCUCACAAGCGAUCACGCGGCAUGGGGAGACUUUACAACGACGUGCGCUCGUGUGGGUAUGACGACGUGCACCUGAUGUGGUCGAUGUUGCAGACGUCGACCGCCGAGACGCCCAAAUGGCGUCGCCUGUCGCGCAGGCACUCGCGCGCGCAGCGGUGAUCGGCACGCGACCGCGCGCACCGUCACGUGAAAAUCCAGCGGGGCUCGCUCGCAGAGCAGCGGCGGGCCUCUGAGGACGAGCAGUGCACUAGGCACCAUUGUAACAUGAGUUUAGUAGAGUUGCGUCUCGCCAACCCGCAGAUAUGUCCAUGCCCAGAAUAAGUCACCCAUUUUUGUCAUCAAGCCGCGCGCUUGCUUGUGUGGGGCGGACUGCUAUGUACAUUCCUCGAAGAUUUCUGGCAUGCGUUAGGUUGAACCGGAUCUGUCGGACGUGCCAAGAGCUGAGCACCUGCCAGGUCGUGGUGGGAUUAGUGCGUAGGUGUGAAGGUCAGUUUUGUCCAGAUUCCACGAAGCCCAAGAGGGUGUUUUCUUGACCCUGUGUACAUUACAUUUCUAUAAACUGGAAUACAUAGUGGCACCUUUCUCUCCGU